CAACACCCUGUUCACGCAGCAUCACGGCAUUUGCACGCUUCGCCAUCUAUUUGCCCGACAGCGCAUUGGUGAUUGUCAAUAUCAUCGCGGUGUCAACUUGCGAAACGUUCAUUUCCAAUUGUAUCGCUCGAGGCCAUGCUUUGAGAAGCUUCCUGUCAACCACACGCGAAGCCGCCGAAUCUCACCACCGCAUUCUCCUUGCGACCUAACUCUAGCGGGCACCCGCAACAAUUGUUCAGCCAAAAUAGCAUCACUUUUCUCAUCUCCGAUACAAUAUGCCACGUCGAAGCGCACGCGCAACCGACCCGGACCCCGAGGAGCUGCCCGCUCAGGACGAGCUCCCCGAGGUUCAUGAUGAAGACAUGGAUAUCGAUGAGGAAGAGCAGAAAAGCCUUGAAUUUGAUGAGGAGCUAUCCUGGCGACCUGCGAAACCUAUUCCUAGCGCAACACUACUCACCCGACUCGAAAAGCUAUCCAAGGAGCUCGCCGAUUUUGACCAAGGCGCAGUAGUCCUAAGCUCUCUUCAGCGAGUUGCUGCAGAUCUGGCGCAUAGAAAUCUCCUUCAACACAAAGACCGAGGUGUAAAGGCCUACACAGCAUGCUGCUUAGUAGACCUUCUGCGCCUUUAUGUCCCAGAUGCUCCAUUUUCCGAAGAGCAGCUAAAGAUGAUGUUCACUCUCUUCGUCAAAGAUAUUCUCCCAGCUCUUCAUGACCCGACAAACCCAUACACUAGCCAGCACAAGUAUGUCCUUGUGUCUCUUACAGAAGUUAAGAGUAUCCUCUUGUUACCUGAAAUACACGGUGCCGACGACCUAUUGUUGCGCCUCUUCAACUCUACCUUCGACGGAAUAUCUGCAAGCUCCAAGGCUGCCGCUGAGGAACAGGUUGCCAAGGAUGUCGAAAUUCAUUUGACGGAUAUGUUGAUUCAUUUGAUUGACGAAUCGCCAGGCAGCAUUCCCGCGAGUGUUGUCGACGCUAUCAUCAGCCAGUUCUUGCGCGCUGCACCUCCAGGUGGUGCCCGAGCAAAGGAUCAUAGUGACAACCAGUCUACAUUACUACACAAAACCGAGCCUGCUGCUUAUAUAAUGGCGAAGAACAUUUGCAAUGGCUGCACGGACAAAAUGUCUCGAUAUGUCAGUCAGUACUUCAGCGAUGUUAUCCUGAAUGCAUCUGGCUUUGCAACCAAGAAUGGAUACGGACAUGGCGACGAUUCUGACGACGAAGACACUGGUUCGGGUCCCUCGGAAGCAGAUCUGAAGAGCUUGAGGCAAGCACAUUUAUUGAUUCGAGAGCUCUGGCGUGCCGCUCCUUCAAUCCUCCAAAACGUUGUUCCUCAGCUCGACGCCGAGCUGUCGGCCGACAACGUCCAUUUGCGCCAGAUUGCAACAGAAGCAUUUGGUGAUAUGAUUUCAGGUAUUGGCGCGGCAGGUCCUCCGCCACCUCCAACUUUGGAUCCAUCUGCAUGGCCACCGGUUCGCUUAAUGAGCGAACCAACUACACCAACAGCAAACGCCAACAUCUUAACCACUCCAUUUUCACCACAAUCCUUUGCGCAGUCCCAUCAUGCUACCUACCGCAACUUUGUAAGCCGAAAGAACGAUAAGUCUGGCACCAUUCGUUCAUCCUGGGUCACUGCAGUUGGGUACAUCCUGUCAACAUCAGCCGGUGGAAUCGGCUUGAGUCGUGAGGACGAAACAGAGCUUAUCGGCGGCUUGGUUGAUAAGCUAAGCGAUAGUGAGGAAAAGGUGCGAAUCGCCGCUGUUAAAGCCAUUGAGCUCUUCGAGUUCAAGGACGUCAUCCAGAAACUUGGUCCACUAGGCGGCAUUGAAAAGAAGGGAUCCUUGUUCAACAUCCUUGGAGAUCGCUGUCGAGACAGAAAGCCUGCUGUUCGUGUCGAUGCGAUGGUCCUGUUAGGCAAGCUGUGGGCUGUUGGUGCUGGUGAAAUCGCGGACGGCCAGGAGGCUGUCACAGCGUGCUUGUCUGGUAUCCCAUCUUGUAUUGUUGGCGUGUUCUACGCCAAUGAUCCUGACUUGAACGUCCUUCUUGAUCGUGUCAUGUUUGAAUGCCUUGUCCCUCUAAAGUUUCCCGCUAUUAAGGGCAAAGCGAACAAGGCCGCGUCAAAGACAGCACUUGGUCAAGCUGACCAAGAUCGUCUAAGAGCCGAGCGUAUUUUGUUGAUGCUCAAGUCCUUUGAUACUUCUGCUCAGAAAGCUUUCUUCGCUAUGCAAGCGCGCCAACCUCAGUUCGCUAAAGGUGUCUCCAUUUUCAUUCAGCAGUGCGAAGCCUACAACGGAGGAGUUAUUGACGCAAACGAGGAGAAGGUCAAGGCCAGUCUUGGAAAGACUUUCCAAUGGCUUGGGGCCUUCUUCCCGGAUCCUCUGAAAGUGCGUGCCGACUUGCAAAAGUUUGCGAAGCUCAAUGAGCGAAGAUGCUAUCAGCUAGUCAAAUAUGCCAUCGAAUCGGAAAGUGAUUUCAAGACUGUGCGGCGUGCAAUUAACGAGCUCAUUACCAAGCUCCAAGGAGGCAGCGCUGCAUCAUCUCUGGAAACCCUUAUUCCACUGUUCUAUCGGUCAAGCUCCCUCAUGUUCAACCGCAGCCACCUCGCAACGAUCAUGAAUUGUUCCAAGAGUGACAAGAAUGGAUUCGCGGGUGCUGCCCAUCAGAUUCUGAACGAUAUUUCACAGAGAAAUCCUGAUUUGUUCAAGGCCCAUGCGGAAGAACUGCGAAAAGAAAUCAUUGAGCAGUCGCCAACAGAAAGCAAAGCAAAUGACCCAUCGGUAGUUGACAUUCUGAAAGCGUAUUCAUCUUUCGCCAAGAAAUAUCCUGGGGAUAUCAACUACGAUAGAGGCUUUGUACAGACCUUGAGCAACUAUGCUCUCUACGGUGCUCCCCCUAAAGCUGCCAAAUAUGCUGUUAACAUUAUCCUUGCCAAGAACGACGACAAGGGAAAGGUAUCAGCAACCAACCUUUUGCGCAAGACUAUGGAGAAAUUUGACCGCAAGUCGCCUCAUUUCUUGAACAAACUGGCGACCGUAUGUCAAUUAGAACGACUUGUCCCAACCGUCACAGUUGAUUCAGGCGAUGCUAUUCAAGAUAUUACAAUCAAACAAAUCCUACGACAAGUUCAUACUGACGCGCAGGCUUCAGAUCCUUCCUGGGUCUCGGAUGCUGAUAUGAACCAAGAGCUCCAGUCCAAGUGUCUGGCUUUGAAGAUUCUUGUGAACCAGGUCAUCGCAAGUGAAAACGAACCAGAUGCGGAAGAUCGAGCUAGGGCUAUCUUUAAACUCUUGAAAACGUUUGUUGUUGCAGAGGGAGAGUUUUGCAAGGUCAAAGACACCCCGCUGCCACAUAAGAAGCGUCUUCGCCUCUUGGCUGGUCUUCUUAUUCUGAAGCUGUGCUCGAUCAAGAAAUAUGACGACCUGUUUGACGCGCCUAGCUUCAAUAAGCUUGCGGAGCUCAUUCAAGAUAGCGAGGUGCACGUACGACAAGGUUUCAUGGAGAAGCUCCAGAGUUACUUGACCCGCGGCAAACUGCGCGUCAGAUUCGUCACCAUGCUAUUUAUCGUUGCAUUUGAACCUGUACCCGAAAUCAAGAACAGGGUCGAAACAUGGAUUCGAUCUCGGGCUAUCUUCUAUGAGACACAAAAGACGCAAGUUUUGGAGGCUGUCAUGGCUAGACUGGUCCCCCUUCUUGCCCAUCACCCGGACUACAGCCCGGCUGCUGAUGACCUGGCCGACUUUGCCAACUACUUCAUCUUCUACCUCAACACAGUCGCUACCGAACAGAACAUCUCUCUUAUUUUCAAGUACGCCGAGAGAAUCAAGCAGACGCAAGAUGGCCUCAACCCCGAAGCCAGUGAGAACCUGUACGUGCUGAGCGACCUAGCACAAGCCAUUAUCAGAAAGUUCCAGGAGAAGCGCAACUGGAGCUUCCAAGCCUUCCCCGGUAAGGUGGGAUUACCUGCUGGUCUCUUUGCAGCUCUCAAGUCUAGUGAGGUUGCCCAGCAAAUCGCUACAAAGCAAUACAUUCCUGAUUCCCUUGAUGAGAAGCUGGACGAUCUGCUAAAAGCCAUCGACCGCAAGAAGAAACGAAAGUCGUUGAGCGAAGGUGGAGAACCCUCUGCUAAGCGCACCAAGAGACAAAUACAGGCGGUCAUCCGGGAGAAGAAUGGCGAUGGCAGCAAGUCGACCAAGGCCGCGCCAAAGAAGGCGAAGGCGAAGAAGGUAGCAAAGCCGAAGAAGCGCGCAUCUCCUGCGCCAGAGCCAGGAGAACGUCGUCGAAGCAGCCGCUCCCACAAGGUUUCGAAUUACACGGAACGCAACGAUGAAGAUGACGAAGAGGAGAUGCUAGAUGGUGUUGCUGAGUGGGCCUAUGGCGAUGAAGACGAAGACGAUGAGCCUGCCUCGUCGGAUGAGGAGGCCGGCAGCAAUGAGGAGGAAGACGAGGAGGAUGAGGGGUCCAACAGCCGGAAUGGCAAAGGGAAGGCUACCGCCUCAAGGCGAACCAGGUAAAGGGAUAGGCUGUAUCAACGGGUAGGAGAUAUUAUUUUGCUAGUUUGGAGAUUACUUCGUUUGAUAGGCAUGUCGAAAUGCUGUGCAACUGGAGCCACGACAGACACCGGGGUUCGUCGGGCUAGAAUUUCAUGUUUGAAAAGAAUAUCAAAUUAAUUUGUCAAGUUUACCUUUGUUUCUUACUGCCGAAGCUUUCAGCUCUACAAACGACCGUGAAACUAUGUAAUCAUACGUUAUUGGGUAAAGGGGCUUUCAAUCAGGAAAUAAUAAAUUGAUAUAUACGUACACCUGCUACCAAUCCCGUACCAGUCAUCUAGAAGAAACACAAUGCAACAAAAGAAAAUACCAAAUAAAAGAUACAAACAACGAAGUCUAGAAGCACGGGGAGAACUGAGUGCGGAAUAACAGCAUAAUGCUUUACCAAUAACGUUUGCAUCAGUUCCCAACGUUCCGUCUCCAGCACGCAACCAAGUAAACGCCGCUUUUUUCUUUGAAGGAAGUAAGGGGCACGCAUUUGUCCCGUAUGCAGCAAGUAUAUGGCUUUGCGUCUCUUUGCCAAGCUGCUUCCCAUAGCAUGAAUACAGUAAAAUAGACAGUCAGAAGCUGGGUUAGUUUCCAGCCAUCUCGCUAGCUUUGGCUUCGUCGCUUAGUCGCUUGCGGACAUUCUGCUGAUGGCCAGAGAACUUCAAGUGUGCCUCGAACUUUUGGGCAGUCUGGUCCGGUCCAGGUGUGUACAGCUUCUGGGCGCAAUCUAGGCAACGAAUUCUAGGAAGCCAGGCAAACUUGACGCCAGGAGGUGGAGGCUGGACAAGUGUUGGUAGUUCUGUGAUGGGGUCUAGUGUCGAGUACUUCAUCGUAGCUUCGAAGCGAUCACCGCCGGCAUAUUUCGCCUUGAGUUCCUCGAGAGCCUUGACGAGCCAGUCGGGAGGGGGAGGCUAUAGCACAUAAUCAUUAGUUCAUAUAUUAUUACCUUAAGAGAGGUUGUUAAGUUUACUUACAGCUGGAGGCGUUGGUUGUCCAGGAAUCAGAGGGGGUGCGGGAAGACGACCAAGCUGGCCAGGAGGCAGCGUGCUAGAUGGACCGCCGGGCUGGGAGGAAGCUGCAGGAGCAGAUGUGACGUUGGGCUUGACAAUAGCAGCAGAUCCAGGGAUGGGGACGGGGACAGGAGUCUCAAUCUGUGUGGGGGCUCGAAGGUCGCGCAGGUCACCCCUCAUCAAGCGCUGGAGCUUUUCUUUGGGAACCUUGAGCGUGACGAUAAGCUGGAUAGGUUCUUCGGUUUCUUCUCUGAGUCGACGGGAGCCGCGAGGGUCAUGGUGGCCGCCGACUUCUGGUGUCUCAGAUCGUCCGAGUGUCGACAUGCGAUGCUGCGCAACGGAAGCUGCACCACGGAUGCCUCUGGUACGAGCAGUGCCUUGAGCCAUGUUCGAAGGAGCAGGAGAGUCCGGCAUGGAGUCAUCGCUCUCUUCCGAUUCGGAAAUAUCACCGUCUCUAUUACCUCUCUUCCUGCUGCCAGCUGCACGCUUGUACAAGCCGCUGUCCUCGACAUUUUCCGCAGCUCCAGGCAGCACGGACGAGACAAUCAGUGUUCUGAUGGUUCGCUGGCGCUCCUUGAGAUCGGGAAGCUGGGGUCCUCCUCUUCUGUUUAUCGAUCGUUUCUGGCGGCGCUGUUCUCUGGAGAAUAUGGUCUCGUUUCGGUCAAGGUCGGCAUCGCUCAUUUCGUACAUGUAAGGCGCGUAUUCCUUAGCUUGCUGCUGAGGUCUAAAGACACUGGGCAGCGGCGUCUGCAAAAAUGCGGAAACAAGGUCGGCGUCCUCGAUUGGUCUGCCAUCGAAUGGGUGGCCAACGCUGUAAAGACUCCUGGUGAAGAGCUGUGUCUGCUCACGGAUACAGUGGGCAAUGGCCGUGGUAAAUUCGCCCGACAGAGAAAGAUCACGCGCCAUGUUGGCCGCAAAUUCCUCUGGUGAGUUAGCAGGGUUGUUGAUCUCCCAUUCGAAUUGAUCUACAAGAGUGUGUGGGCCAAUUGUGAUGUUGAGCUUGAUGAGAACGCGCAUCUCGUCGUUUUUGUAUGCCGAGUAUGGUAGUUCAGGGUCGAGAGCGUCUUCUUCGGAGAAGACAAAUGGGUAAAAGUCGUUGAGCUGCUCGCGCAUCUGCUGCAUAACCUGUUCAUAUACUGGGUGAUUUGCAGGAGGCUUGAGGCCCAUGUCUUCGACUAGCUGCGCAGCGAAGAGGUCGAUGCCGAGGAUACGGUCGUGCAAGUUCCAGGUAAACGUGUCGCGGAGCUUGACCUUGUCCCAUUCGAUUUCGAGGCGGAGAGGUACAAGCUCCUCGUGUUGCUCGGCUUGCUUGAGCAUAUCCUUGCGAGGGCAUUUGAAUGAAGGGGUAGUUCUCUGUCCCGGGCGCGGCUUUUGUCCGGGGUAGAUGAUUCUGGCAGGGCCGUGGUUUUCGGUAUAUCCAUUGCCAAAGCCCUGGUAUCCAUCACCGUAGAGUUUGCUAGGUGGGAACCACGGCUGGAAAUUUGUGCGGAUGUUGCGAUAAUCAUUGAUUCGUUCGCGCGUCUCUUGUGCCGAGAGCCUUGCCUUUUGCAUCUGCUCGACAAGAGCAGCAGCGGCAACGGCAUCGCGCGACGUGUAUCGCUCUAUCAGCAACUUGUUAAACGAUUCUUUGGUUCUUGUGGUUGCUUCGGGGGCAGGAGACUGGGAGCCGGCAUCGUUGUCGUCGGCGGUGGCCGCAGGGGGCGUCGCGGUGGCCGACCCGGGUGCCGACGUGGAUGGCUGGGCGGCCAUAGUCGCGAAUGCAGGCACCAGCAGGAUGCGGCAGGGCAGCUGAUAAUUAAUAUGGCGUCGCGAGGCGCGAUUUGAAUGCGGCAGCGAUGUUGACGAUGAUGGAUUGAAUCACCGCGGCGUCGGGCGAGGCUCGCGAUCUUGGAUAUAGCGAUCGAGGGGGGCGCGCGAGGACGUUGAGACAAAUGUUC